AUGGCAAUUGAUUUUAACGACGGUAUAAACUUAUCCACUUGUGACGGUCUUAACUUGCACGUUCUGAUCCCACAAGUUAGAGGUGGACCGAUGCUGUGGGACAUCAUUCAUCGUAUUGAUUUUAAGCACGACGAUACAUUGGCAGCAUUGUUGGCUGCUCUCGGUGCAAAACACAAGCUUCUACCUCACGGUUAUCCGGAAUACGCAUCAGCCGUUAUCAUUGAACUUUGGAACACCAAAAAAGGGCCACAAAUUAAGAUGAAAUAUCAUAGGAACAGCAAUGAAGUAGGGUUCGAAGAUGCCACUUCCGCCAUCCAAGGAUGCAGUCUUGAACAAGGUUACUGCUCGUAUGCCGACUUCAAGAAGAGAUCAGAGCCGUAUAAUCCUAAAAACAUAACGAAGCUUUGCGAUGACGUUCCUGGCAAUUAUGAGAAGAAGAAGCGAGACUAUGUGAUGAAUCGAAAUCAAGAGAUUCACUGGAUGGUGGAAAACGAUGCCGACAAAAUGGAUCCUAAUGAAAAACCGUUCAAUGAUUUCAGUCCGAAAUUUGCAGUCCCGUCGAGCAACGCUGAAAAUGAACUCAUCUUUUUGCACAUGAUAUGGCGACAUGGUGAUCGUACUCCAAAAUGGUUAUGUAAAAAUGAUCCGAACAAUGCCAGUACGUGGGUCGAAGGACUCGGACAGCUAACACCGACCGGUAUGGAGCAACAACAACGCCUUGGUAGUUUAAUCUUCAAUGAAUAUGCAGUCAAACAGAAGUUGAUCAGUCAGCGAUACGAGUCAAAUCAAAUAUACUUUCGUUCAACAGAUGUCAAUCGGACGCUAUUGAGUGCUGUAUCGAAUUUAGUUGGGAUGUAUUUCAACAGACCUGAACAGAUAGCAAACCUUGACUAUCCAUCAAUGAAAGGAUGGCCGAACGGCUAUGUUCCCGUAGCUGUACACACGCUUCAAACGAAAUAUGACCAUGUUGGCUGA